GAUCAAAAUGACUAUUUAGUGGUGAAUUAGUUACUCACAAAGAAACACUUAAAAAAACAAAACAAAAAUCAUAUUAAGUGACAUCACUAUUGACUAGUACUAUUCACCUAGCAAUCUUAAAUGUUCAAGUUUAUUAUGAUGCUCAUUCAUGUAGUCAACUCCUCAUUGUACAACUUCCAUUAAUUCUCAUUCACCAAAUACACAUAAUAAGUCAUAAUCACACUCACGUGCCGUUAAUAACACCGUUCCUUCCCACUUCACUAUUAACAAACCAAACAGUCCCACUAAAACAACAAUACACCAACAACUCUGUCUCUUUUCACUGUCUUUUCUUCCUUCCAUUUCUUCAUUCAAAAACAUAUCAACUAUAACAUAUUAACACCACCACAUGAGAUUGAGAUUAUGAAACCAAGAAAAAAUAUGAAACCCUUUUAUAAGUUCUUGAUUCUCCUAUCACUUAUUACUCUCACAGAAUCAUCAUCUUCUUCAUGCAACAUUGAAAACAAGAACCUAGUAUCAAAAGCUUUCCAAUUUGUCUCAGGAUUCAACACUUCCUUAUUCCAAACAAAUUCCUUCAACUGUUCUUCAAAGGGUGAAAUUAACAUCAUAGAACUUCAAUCCAAAAACUUAACAGGAAACAUCUCAUGGAGAUACCUAAGAAACAUGACAAAGUUAGAGCUUCUUGAUCUUUCUGGAAAUUUUCUACAAGGUCAAAUACCAAACUGGUUUUGGAGAAGUUUUUCAAGUUUGUCAAAAGUGAAUCUUUCUAACAACAGAUUCGGUGGAAGCAUUGCAUUGACAACAAAAACAAAACCCAUUUCUCAAAAUGGUUCCUUUUUCUCAUCUUCACUACAAAAACUCAAUCUUUCACAUAACAGGUUCACAAAUCAAGUUCAACUUUCAGUUUUUCAUAACCUUAAAAUCCUCGACCUUUCAUACAACAACCUUAACACUUUACCUUAUGGUUUUCAAAACCUUACAAAUCUUAACUAUCUUGAUCUCUCAAACUGUAACAUCAAAGGUAACAUAAAACCCAUUUCUUACCUUAAAUCACUUUCUUCCUUAAACCUUUCAAAUAACUCUUUGAAUGGUAGUUUCCCUUUUGAUUUUCCAUCUCUUAACAACCUUAAAUUCCUCAACAUCUCAAACAAUAACUUCAACUCUUCAAUUUCCUUAAACAAAUUCAUCAAAAAAUUCGGAAAAUCAUCAUUCAUUCACGCUGGUAACAACUUCAAUUCCAACAACAACAACAAAUCAUCCAAAAAAGUACCAAACAUUCAUUCAAAUUCAAUUUCAAAUUCAACUCUACCACACCACUCCCAACAACUCCAUAUGAAAAAGACAAAACCCAUUCACAAUGAGAAAACAGAACACAAACACAAACAAAAACAAAAGUCAAAAACAAAAACCGUGAUUAUUGCCACAGUUUCCUCAGUAUCAUCAAUUGUUUUUGUCGUGUUAUGCAUCUGGGCAAUCUUAGUUUACAAAAAAAAGAGAACUUUAGCCAAAAAAAACAAAUGGGCAAUUUCAAUAUCAAAACCAAUAACAGGAUUAACAACAGCCGUUAAGAUGGAGAAAUCUGGACCGUUCGCUUUUGAAACAGAAUCAGGAACAUCAUGGGUAGCUGAUCUGAAAGAACCAACAUCAGCAUCAGUUGUAAUGUUUGAGAAACCAUUGAUGAACAUUACAUUUGUUGAUCUUAUGAAUGCCACGUCAUACUUUGGAAAAGAUUCUCAGUUAGCUGAAGGUAGAUGUGGGCCAGUUUAUCGUGCUGUUUUACCAGGUGAGUUACACGUGGCAAUCAAGGUUCUUGAAAAUGCUAGAGACGUUGAUCAUGAUGACGCUGUUGAUACUUUCGUUGACUUAUCUCAGCUUAAACAUCCUAAUCUUUUGCCUCUCUCCGGUUAUUGUAUUGCAGGGAAGGAGAAGCUAGUGUUGUACGAGUUUAUGUCAAAUGGAGACUUAGGCAGGUGGCUACACGAACUACCAACGGGUGAAACCAACGUGGAGGAUUGGAGUAGCGACACGUGGGAAAUUCAAAAUGGCGUCGGUUCACAAACCCCCUCACCAGAAAAAAUGGGUUGGCCAACACGACACCGUAUCGCUAUAGGAGUAGCGCGUGGUCUAGCUUUUCUCCACCAUGCAGGUUCAAAGCCUGUCGUUCACGGCCAUUUGGUAACAUCAAAUGUCCUUCUCGCUGAUGAUUUUGAGCCUCGAAUUGCUGAUUUUGGGUUCCGAAAAUUCGGGCAGCAAUGUCCUCCGAAUUGCAGCACCGAAACAGAUGUUUAUUGCUUUGGUGCGGUGCUUAUGGAGCUUUUAACGGGGAAGCCUGGUACAGCAGAGACGGUUGUUUGGGUGAGGAAGCUUGUAAGAGAAGGUCAUGGAGUGAGGGCGAUUGAUGAAAGGAUGAAACUCGACGGUGGUGACUCAGAGAAUCAAAUGGUGGAGAGUCUUCGAGUUGCGUAUUUAUGUACUGCCGAGUCACCUGCGAAGAGGCCCACUAUGCAACAAGUUUUAGGGCUUCUCAAAGAUAUUCAUCCAAGAGGCGGACAUAGAUUGAGUUGACUCGUCCACUGGCUUGUUCUUCUUUUUUGAUUGUUUUAUGGUCCAUGCAAUUAUUAGUGUAUGUUUGUUAUCAAAGUGAGUUUCGAAAAAAUUCAAAGUGUUGCUUUUGAAAAUCACAUUAGCUAACCGUGAUUUUAGCAAACUCACUGUGAUAUCAAAGUUAGGCUUACAAGAGUUUGAGGUUUAACCUAGACUAGAUGGAGUCUUGGAUUUGGACCAUGUUUUUUGUUUUGUUUUUUUGAAAUAUUUAUUUAUGAUGAUGGUUAUGAUUGCAAUGUGUAUAUACUAAAAAGUUUAGGAGAAAAAAGGGAAAAAGAAAAAGGGGAAAAGAUGGACAAAAUGAAGUGGGGAAAACCUUGGAUAGGGUAAUGAAUGAAUGGGAAGGUGUUGUGUAGUAUUUUUUGUUGAGCAUGCAAAGAGUAGAGAUUCCCACUUAUUA